CCACGCACCCGCCAUCCCGCGUACAGUACCCUACCCUACCGCAGCGGACGCGUCAACCCGCAAAAACCUACUCGGCCCCUGUCCUAGAGAGACACUAAGCCAAGUUGAAAGCAGCAAGACAGGGGGGGUUACCGCUUUGGCCGACGAAACAUCAAUCGCAACGCUUUCUCCUGAUCCACUCUCUCCAUCUUGCUCCCACUCUCCUUCAACCUGACCCGACUUCCUACCCGGAAGUUACCACCUUCGCUGUCCUCUCGAAAUCGGGCUCGCCACUGCAGCAGACGAGGCCGCCCUCCGUCCUUUCUGUCUGCGACUUCCCACGUGUUAGGGGUUAAGGAUCUUUGAAUUUUGCUCCUGCUUGGGAGCGUCCAGUCGUUUGUUCUGCGACGCUUGGAGGGUGCUUCGUUACACCGGGUUUAAAAUUCUAGCCGCGGCUCUAGAAAUACCAGCAACGCAGGCAACCCCUCGACGACCGCCAUGGCCGCAAACGACUACUACAAGCAGAAGCCCCUGCCAGCGCCGACUCCCUCGCGAAUGUCGGGAUACUACGACGGGCAACAGCAGUCAUCCGCGUAUCCGCCGGCCCCUCCUUCCUACACCUCGCAACAGAAUCUGGCGACUGGCGAUCGGCACUCACCAGGAGCGGGCGGGACAGGUCCGUCACCUUUCGAGACCGUCUUCGACGACCAUGUCUACCCGGCGAACACGCACCAGACUCCGUCCUCGAGCCAACAUCAACUAAGUCAGCAGGACUCGGAAUACUACCGUCUUGAGCGGAUCCCUUCAGACGAGAUGGCUUACAAUCACCCUGCAGAUGACAUUCCCCUACAGCCCCAGAGGCAUAGCAAUCUACCCAAAGACGCCGAGAUGCAAGACCAUGUCUAUGAGGCGCCACAGAACAAGAAAUCACGCAAGGGCCGCGUGCGCUUCGGCGAGCUGGGAAUGCUGGGCGCAAACAACAAGAGGAUACCCUUUGUCGUCUACCUCUUGACCGUAGUUCAAGUAGGCGUCUUUAUUGGCGAGAUCGUGAAGAACGCGACGGUCACUGGGUCGCCCAUAAUGACGCAGCCCUCGUUCAACCCCAUGAUCGGUCCGUCGCCAUACAUACUCAUCAAUAUGGGCGCCAGAUUCGUGCCUUGCAUGCACAACACGGUGGGGGUGCAGAACUCGCAUGUUCGCAUACAGUGGCCGUGCCCGAACACGACGACACUUGACCCGGAAAGCCCGUCGCAAAAGUGCACCCUCUCGGAUCUCUGCGGCUUUGGCGGUGUCCCCGAGCCCUUUUACAACGCGACGGCGACGAUAGACCAGAGUCCUCAGCCGAACCAGUGGUUUCGCUUCAUUAUCCCCAUGUUCCUGCACGCCGGCCUCAUCCACAUCGGCUUCAACAUGCUGCUUCAGAUGACUUUGGGGAGGGACAUGGAAAGGUCAAUAGGGUCGAUUCGCUUUUUCCUCGUCUAUAUCAGCGCCGGCAUAUUCGGGUUUGUCAUGGGCGGAAAUUUUGCUGCUACGGGCAUCUCGUCGACUGGUGCGUCUGGAGCAUUGUUUGGGGUCAUUGCCCUGACUCUCCUCGAUCUUCUCUACUCGUGGAAGGAUCGUGAGAAGCCGGUCAAGGAUCUCAUGUUCAUCAUCCUGGACAUCGUCAUUUCUUUUGUCUUGGGUUUGCUGCCAGGUCUGGACAACUUCUCCCACAUUGGCGGAUUUCUGAUGGGCUUGGCGUUGGGCAUCUGCCUGCUCCACUCACCCAACUCUCUCCGACGACGCAUCGGCGAGGACGUGCCCUACGCUCACGUAAACAACGGUUUCCUUUCUCAGGGUGCCCCGCCGUCGUUCCUCAAGAAUCCCCUCGGCUUCUUCAAGGGGCGCAAACCGCUCUGGUGGGCCUGGUGGUUGUUGAGAGUCGGCGCAUUGGUGCUCGUGCUGGUCGUCUUCAUCCUGCUCCUCAACAACUUUUACAUCUAUCAUAAUACUUGCGACUGGUGCAAGUAUUUGAGCUGCUUGCCCGUCAACAACUGGUGCGAGACUGGCAACUUGAACAUUACGACGCCAAACGCGACGCCGGCCCAGCACAGCAGGCGUGACGCAGUUAUCCUUGAUCUUCUUGAGCACUGGGCACGGAUCCAGGUGUGAGGAGUGAGCUGUUUUGGUUACUGAGUGGUCAUUAAGAGAGAACCCCUUGUUCUGGUGUGAAUUUGGUUGCGAGAUAUGGGGAGGAGGAAUUACAGGGGAACUCAUACCCCUACCCCCU